AUGUCUUGCUUGCAGCCGAUCUCUAGUUUCCUCGAGUCUGAGUCCGGCAGCUACAGUCCGACCGGUACACUUUUUGCUUCACUCGGCUUUGGCAUCGGCUUGAAUCAAGCCGCCCUGAGUGGGAACAUGACUGCCCAAAUAAAAAAUCCCACUUUUUUAUGGAGUCGAGAAGGUCGAGGGAGUCAGCUGCCUGGCAACCCAGGAUCGGGCCUUUGGACAAAGGACGAGCUUGUCUCUACACUAACCCCUCCACCCACCCCCCUUGUUGGCACUAACUGGGGCUCUAAAGACAAAUAA